AUGCCUGUCCUUAUUUCUUUCUUUCCAAGCUCUUUCUCUCCCCACCGUUGUUACCUGAUAAUCUUUCUCUCUUUUAUUUUACCUGUUACUUUUUCUGUAAUUUCCUCUACCUGCGUUUUAACUCUCUUUCCCUGUUUCUUUAUUACUCUUUCUCUUUUCUAUAUGUCACGAGAGAGAGAGAGGUUUUCUUUACUAAUCUUUCUCUUUUCUAUAUGUCAUUCUCUCUCCUCUUUUUUUUUGUUUUCCUUUCUCGUUUCUAUAUGUCAUUCUCUUUCCUCUUUUCUUUGUCUUUCUUUCUCGUUACUAUAUGUCAUUCUCUCUCUCUUUUCAUUUCUUUAUUCCUCUUUCUCGUUUGUAUGUCUUUCUCCACUUUUUUUAAAUUUCUCUUUCUCGUUUCUAUAUGUCAUUCUCUUUCUAUUUUUUAUUUCUUUUUCUCGUUACUAUAUGUCAUUCUCUCUUUUCAUUUCUUUAUACCUCUUUCUCGUUUGUAUGUUUUCUUUCUCCUAUUUUUUAUUUCUCUUUCUCGUUUCUAUAUGUCAUUCUUUCUCUUCUUUUCUUUAUUUCUCUUGCUCGUUUCUAUACGUCAUUCUCUCUCCUCUUUUCUUUAUUUCUUUUUCUCGUUUCUAUACGUCAUUCUCUCUCCUCUUUUCUUUAUUUCUCUUUCUCGUUUCUAUAUGUCCCUCUCUCUCCCCCUUUUUACUAUUACUUUGUAUCUAUUCUCUCUUUCUCUCGCCGGUUUUCUACUCGUCUCACCAAGCGAAAUUUUCUCUCUCUACAAAACAUUUAUCAUAUUUCUUUCUUAUUUCGUUGCAAAGGUGGUUGCCAUUUUCCCUUGUCAUUUAUUCGUAUCUUUAUUUGUCUUUCUUUUGCAGGUUUGCAAAUAGUUCCGAUCGCAAGAAACACUCUCACGUACACACAAGCGACAAGCCGUACAACUGCAAAGUGAGGGGCUGCGACAAGAGCUACACGCAUCCGAGUUCCUUACGCAAACACAUGAAGGUGCACGGCAAGUGCUCGCCCCCGCCGGGCGGCUCCUACGACGACUCCAUUAGCAACAGCCCUAGUAGCGAUUCGAACUCAGCAUCACCCACCGCGCAAUCUCAUACCCCGACACAACCACAGGUCCCACCCCAGAGCAGCCCCCCGUCGUUGCCUCUUGCACCCAACCCCACGUUGCCCCCUAAUCACCACACGAACUUGAGCGAGUGGUAUGUUUGUCAAACUACGGCCGGAAUGCCUACGCCGCCAAGCAGUGAACACUCCCCUGUGAGCAAACUCGGGCAUUUGCCGAUACACCCCACUUCUGUAGUCAGCUAUACAUAG